AUGGAAAAAGAUCAGUUAACCAAGCUUGUUAUUUUGAAAGAAAAUGAAGAGGUUGAAGAGUACGAGUACCAAAAUACACUGAAUACUCACGUGAGAGAGGAGAAGAAAACUUUUUCCAGUCGGCAACUAGAAUCACGGAAACGAAAUUGCGGUUUAGCUUUCUCAGAAAAUAAUAAUCCACAAAAAAGGAAACAUGUAAUUGAAGACGUCGAGAAGAAUCCGAUUUUAAUAUCUAAAUUAAGAAAGAAAAUUUUGAACAAAAAGAAUAGCUUUCAAGAAAAAAAUGGCAAAGGAAAGAACUGUAAACGUAUAGAAGAAAGCGAUUUUGAAAGUGAAGACGAUAAAUCUUGCAAAAGUGAAAAUGCCGGAGAUUCUGGGUCAAGUGAUGGGGAUGAGUCUCCUUGUGAAAUAGAGAAGAGGAAUAAAAUAAAUCGAACAAUGAUUUUUAUUAUGAAGGAAUAUUGCAAAAAAAAUUUGACAUCCAAGUUUGAUCAUGCACAUAGCUACAUUCUUGAUCUCUCCCCAACUUCAAAAAUUGCAAGAGAAUUUGCACCUGAUUAUUGGUCCGAACUCACUUCCGAUCGUCCUAAUGUAAUUAAUCUGGAGUAUCACAGUGAAUUAAAACCAAUUCUCGAUCAUUUGUUUGAACAAAAGAGACUAAGUAUUCAACAAGCUCGUGCUCGAUGGGAAGGUUUAAGAAAUAUUAAGGCUCCUGAAUAUGAGGAAGGAUUCUCGUAUAACAAAGAUGACUGGAAAAAAAUUAUAUGGUGGAUAGAAUGGGCUGUAGGUCGAUUUCUUGAUGCAUUUGAAUCUGAACGAAACCCAUUAAUACAAGAUUGUCAUGAGAGGGAAUGGUUGGGAGGUUACCUAAUUCCAAUUUUUCAAGGUGCUUUGGCACUUGAUGGUCGUUUUCAAGUAGCAUGGGGAGAAGUUACAGUGCAAGCUUCUUUGCGAAGACGUAAUUCUGACAAAAAUGUUUUAGAUCGUGACCAUAUGGCAGAUAUGUUAUGCUCUACCGAUUCAUACGAGAUAUUAUGUUUAUUGACCUCUGGUGGUCCACACAAAGUUGAUCUCACCAAAGAAGCUUCUGAUCAAUUUCAAUUACAACGGUUGUUAAAAGACACCCUUGAUGAUAUGCGUAUGAAAUAUUACAAUAAAGUCAAAAAAGAUGAAACGUGUUUGUAUACAAUAGGGAUUCAACAAUACAAGACAGAAAUUCGUAUAUAUUUAAUGGAAAGACGUGAAGUUUAUCGACUUCACCUUAUCAAAACGUUGAAUCUUCCUUUAACAUUUUCAACUUAUCGUAUUUUGCGUAUUAGUUUGAUUUGGGCCUGGAAUAUUCGGGGAAUGUUAAAUGAUUUAUUAGAGAAGCUGAUCAAUAAUAUGGAAACAAGUUCUAUCACUCCUCAAUGA